AAUGCUGACUGAAAUGACAGACAUGCCGCUCACCCAAUUGGAACAGGAAGCCGGCCUUCCCUUCGCCGAGUGGGUUGCGACUUGAGUAUGUUUUGUCUUGAGGCUCAGCGGCGCCGAAAGUUCCAAUGCUUUUUGUGACCCACUUUGGAGCGAUUUCGAGAACGCAGGAAGAAGCAGACAUCAAAUUUUUAAUCUAAAAUGAAGACUAAACAGCUUAGCCUUACAGAUGAACACAUUACACCAAAUUUCCUGUAGAGGCUUGCUACUACUCUGACUGACAAGAAAUCAUAAAGUCGUUCUGACCAGAUGGUGUAGCUGCUGGAUUUCCAAACCCCAGCAAGGAAGUCUGCAACCUUUAUUCCCAGGUCUGGGAAGAAGAGAACAUUCCUGAGGAGCCCAGAGAAUUAGAUGAGUGUUAAAAAGUUAACCAUCAAUCACAGGCACAGAGAGAUACAGCAUUUUAAUUGAAGGGGAGGCAUACUGGCCAAGAUAAGUGAAUUAGAUAUAGUACCAAUGAUUUACUUGUACCAGUUUGUUGAGCUUUAUUACUUUGAAAUAUCUUACAUCUACUUCUCAAUGUCCUAACAUUUCAGUCAGAAUUGUUUUAUAACUUUUUUCUAUACAGUUGCUUAAAAAAUGAAUGUUUUACUUAUUUUAAUUUUGUUAGAACAUUCAACAGUACAAAUCAAUAGGAACCAUAACUUGUUCAUGUUUGAAUUUCCCUGAAGCCAUACCUUAGAUUUUUGCAAAUAAUAUUAAAGCACAACAAAUGACUUAACACUUAAUAUGAAUGAUGUUGAAGACUGAGCAGAAAAUAUAAUGAGACAUGCAAUUGUUGACCAUGUUGAGGAUAAAACUUUGAACUCUAGUUCAAAAAUAUUGGCUCUGCCAUAAAACUCCAAUAAAGCACGGUCUGAACAAUGAGAAACACACACACACACACAAAUUGCUGGAGGAACUUUGCAAGCCUGGCAGCAUCUAUGGAGGGGAAUCAACAGUCUGGGUUUCAGGUUGAGAUCCUUCAUCAGAUCUUGACCCAAAACAGUGACUGUUUAUUCCUCUCCAUAGAUGCUGCCUGACUUGCUGAGUAUAUUGCACAAGGUUUUCAGCAUCUGUAGAAUCUUUUGUGUUUACGCUUGGGACUUUGUUGCUAAAAUUAGCAUAUUUUAAGGAUCUUAUUCCCAAUACACUUUUAAUUCACUUUUUAAAAAAUGUUGCAUUGCAUUAUAAUAAAUUUUCCAGUAACUCCUGUAAGUUGAAGGUGAGUGAAAGAACCAGGCCCUCAGUGAGUCAUGAGUAUGCAGGGACCAGGGCUCUGGCAUGUGGAAAAGGAGUGAAGAACUGAGUCUUAGCUUCUGGAAGGGGAGCUCAGAGCUGACCCUAGUGAGUUGAAAGAGAACAUCAAACAAUAUUUGGUGAGGCAAACUAUUGGAUUUUAGAAUGAUCAGAAGGUGAAUCAUUGCAGAUUUACUGUAAUCUGAAAAUGAGCUCCUUGAAGAAUUUACGUUUUGAAAGUAGAUUCUUUGUGUGGUACCAGGUAGCGAUACGGUAAAGCUAUCAAGCAUUAAGCUAUUUGGAGAUGGGUUACUGUUGCACUAUACAAAGUAUCCACAGGUUCUGUUUCAGGAUUAAAAUGGAUUUCUUGAUUUUUUUGUGUUAUCCCAGAUGUAUAUUUUAGGUGUAUUUUUGAAUGCAUACUACUUACAUUUUAUUAUAACUGAAAUAAUAUAACCAAUGCCUUUGUUUAAGGUUGGAGUCCGGCGUUCUGCCCGUAUUCGGAAUAAGGUGCUUUGUACUGCAGCUUCAAGCACCUCCCAACAGAGCAUCAAAGCUGGCAGCUCAACACAGAAAACACCCAGGACUUCAUGUGAAACCGUGCUUUCAUUGAACAAGUCAGAUUCCAGCACAAGUAAUCAUCCCUCAAAAAAGCAGAAAUGCGAAAGAGUGGAAGUACAGACGAAAGAGGAAGCUCCAGUUACUGAGCAGGAACUAGAAGAUACUGCUGUCAUUCUUCCUCACAAACCUUCACACAAGUCAAUAGAAGAGAAUGAGAAGCUACUUAUUCACAAAGUAUGCACUGAAGAGAAUGCAGCAGCCCAGGAAAACCAGACACCUUCGACAAUCAGCUCAGAGUGGGAAGAGACUGAAAAGCAUGGAGACCAUGCCACUGAAACGGAAGAAAUGGACAAUAAUAAUCAUCUGCUAACAGAAAUAUCCAUGAAGCCAGUGUUAGAAAACAAGGAAGAUGUUGAAAAGACAGAAAGCCCAGAUAGUAAUACAGAAAGGAAGGAUACUAUGGAGAUUGAUCAAUCACCAGGCACCUCAUUUAAAAUAGAUAACAGCAUUUUUCUGGAUGAGGAUAGCAAUCAGCCAAUGCCUGUGGGCAAAUUCUUCGGAAAUGUGGAGAUUAUGCAAGAUCUUCCACAAUCAGUACCACUCCUGGAUUCUGUCACCAGGCGAGAGUAUAGGAGACGUCACUUCAUUGCAAAAGAUGAAGAGGAUGACGAACCAGAAGACAGGAUAGCAGAAAAAACUGAAGUGAAGCCACAAGUGUUACCUCCAUCAGAAAAUGAGGUGCAAGUGGAAACUGAAACAAAAGUGAAUCCUGUUUUGCAAAAUGCAUCGGACGUGAUGGAUAAGUGUUUGUGAUGAUCUUGUAAAAACACAAAUGGAAACUGUUAACCAGGAAAGUCAAACCAAAGACGUCCAUCUGAUUGUACACCUAAUUAUUGCAGAGUCGAACUUGUCUGGAAGCAACAUGGUAGUUGACCAGCUGUUACAUUUUGAUUACUCAUCAUAAAUCUGUGUUUUUAAAGAUUUGACGUUUUGGUUUAGUUAUUUUGCCCACAUUCUGUUUGUUUAAUUCUGUGUCUUUCUUCUGUAAUCAGUAACUUAAAUUUGCACUUAAAGCACCCCUGGCCUUUACUUACACUUCUAUUAAUAGACCAGUAAAUCAAAAUAGUGAUAGCUGGUGUUAAAGUUGUAAGUGGAAGCAAACAUCGGGUUUGGCAUUUGUGCACAGCCUUUACCAAUGUUGGCUUGAGAUGGUAUCAGACCUGCUACUUAAAAUCAUAACUGCAAUUCAAAGCAGAGACUAACCUAUUCAUUUAAGCAGUUUUAUAGUGUUUCUCGGGGUUGUGGGGGGGGAGGUGUGGUGGGAACAACGCAGAAGAAAUUACUGUAAGUUGAGAAUAUUGAGCUUAAUAUUGCAUUAUAAACUGGAAGUGGACAAAUGUUAUCAUGCUUGGAAAAUGUAUUCUUUUGCCCAAAUUGAAUAGGUUAUAUUAAAUUGACGUCCACUCACUUUUAGAAUGGUGUAUGCUUCAAUUUAUACAUGAUAGUUUAGGGAAAGGGUUUAUAACUCAUUGUAAAUUGUACUUAAUUUCAGUAUUGUGGAAAUAUCAGUGCCUUUGUAAAGGCAGGGAAAAGCUGCAAUCAAUGUCAGAUGAAGUGAAAGGACAUUUUUUCCAAUAUAACUAUCAGAGUAUUAGAACAAAGCAACAGCAAGAAUAAUUACAGAAAUUUCAAACAGCAGUCCUCUCCCUGUCUCAGUCCAUUCGUACUUUAAUAUGAAGAAUAAAAAGACUAUUUUCCUUC